AUGUCAACAGUUCUUCGAUGCGAUAAUAAAGAAGUUGAAGUUGUACAUCGUGGUUGUCAACCAAAUCAAUCCGAUGAUUAUAUUCAAUUAGGCGAGGGUUCGUUAUGGGAUAACGAAGCACAGAUUUUAUAUUGGAUUGAUAUUACUGGACAAAAAUUAUUUGUUUAUGACCCGAUAGUAAACGAGGAAAAAUGUAUUCGUUUACCACAACCACCAGGAACAGUUGUACAAACAAAAGAGAAAGGAAUAGUUUUAGUUCCUUGUGCUAAUGGUUACUACUUUGUGAAUACUUUAACCAGUGAAGUUAGCUAUACUGGUAUUGAUCCGGAAUCACAUCUUCCUAACAAUCGCUUCAAUGAUGGAAAAUGUGAUCCACGAGGACGUUUAGUUGCUGGAACAAUGCAUGUAGAUGCUAAAACAAAACACACAGGUGCAUUAUAUUCAUUAAAUGAAAAAUAUAACGUAACAAAAUUAUUAGAUCGAGUUAGUAUAAGUAAUGGUAUUGUUUGGAGCAAAGAUGGUCAUUGUAUGUAUUACAUUGAUACAUUCGAAUACAAUGUUGUAUCAUAUGAUUAUAAUUUAAAUGAUGGUACAAUUAGUAAUCGUCGUGUUAUAUUUGAAUUUGAAGAAUCAAAAUAUGGUUCACCUGAUGGUAUGACCAUAGAUGAAAAUGAUAAUUUAUGGAUUGCAUUUUGGAAUGGUUCUAAAGUUAGACAAUUUGAUCCUCGACAACAAAAAGAGUUAAGUGAAAUUAAUUUACCUGUAAGAUUUGUUACAAGUUGUGCAUUUGGUGGAAGUGAUUUAAAUGAUUUGUAUAUAACAUGUGCUGCAAGUGAAAAUAAGAAAGAUUUUGAUUUUGCACCGUUGGCUGGUUCAUUAUUUGUUGUAAAGAAUAUUGGCGUUAGAGGUGUACCAUCCGUACCAUUUGCAGGAGAUGUCAAAUCGUUUUUAAAGUAG